ACUAGGCGCUAUUUCAAAUAAUUCUAUACAUUGGCUACUUGAGUAAUACCAAGCUGACAGAAAUAGUGAACCUAAUCAACUUGAUACAGUUCUUCAACAAUUAUUGUCGCAAUGGAUCGUGGGACUAAACGUGCUAGAUAUAGUCCAGAAAAUGAGAAGAGUAGCUCUGUGUCGGAGAACCCUAAGAAAGAUGAUUCGUCAAAAAAUCCUGACAAAUUCGCCAACAUAUUUGGUAAAACUGGUGGUGCGUAUAUUCCCCUGGUCGACUUCGCCAAAUGCAAGCCCAGAUAACUGACAAAUCAUCUGAGGCCUAUCAACGAAUUGCUUGGGAAGCACUGAAAAAGUCCAUCCAUGGUUUUAUUAAUAAAGUGAAUGUAUCCAACUUAUCUGAAGUUGUCAAACAGCUACUUACGGAAAAUAUUGUUAGAGGUAGAGGUUUAUUCGUUAGAUCCCUUUUAACCGCACAAUCGGCGUCACCAACUUUCACUCAUGUUUUUUCGGCCCUUGUUGCUGUUGUCAAUUCGAAAUUUCCCAAGGUCGGAGAACUGGUUCUUAAACGAUUAAUCAAUGAAUUCCGUAAAGCAUUUCGACGUAAUCAGAAAGAUCGAUGUUUGUCUACUGCACGAUUUCUAGCCCAUUUGGUCAACCAAAAAGUUGUUCAUGAAUUAAUAAUCCUGGAAUUAUUGACGCUACUACUGGAGCAAACAACCGAUGACAGUGUAGAAGUGGCAGUAUCUGUCCUUAAAGAAUGUGGUGCUAUGCUUUCACGUCUUGUACCGAAAGGUGUUCAUGGAAUUUUCGAACAUCUUCGACGUAUCUUAAAUGAAGGUCAAUGUGAUAAACGUAUUUCUUAUAUGUUAGAAGUUAUGUUUCAGAUUCGUCGUGAUGGAUGGAAAGAUCAUCCGAUUGUCUUGCCAGAACUUGAUUUAAUUCAAGAAAGUGAUCAAAUCACUCAUACAACUUCACUUCUUGAUCAAGUAGAUCCAGAGGAACAUUUGAAUGUGUUUAAAUUCGAUCCAGAAUUCUUGGCAAAUGAAGCAAAGUAUGCUGAAAUCAGAGCAGCAUUAUUUGAAUCGAAUGAAGAUUCAGAAGCUGAGUCAGAUGGUGGAAAUGAAGGUGAAGAUUCAGACGAAUCAGGUGAUGAAGAUGAUGACGGUGAUGAAGAGGAUGAAGAACAUAAACGUAGUGCCGCUGCAACUGCAGAGAAUCAACAAACAAUUAUUGAUCAAACAGAAACAAAUCUAGUCCACCUACGUCGUACCAUCUACUUGAUGCUGCAAAGUAGUUUAAGUGCAGAUGAAGCUGGACAUCGUCUUCUGCAGUUGAAAAUUAAACCUGGAGAAGAGUAUGAAGUAGCUUCUAUGGUUUUAGAUUGUUGUGCUCAAACACGUAGUUAUGAAAGUCGUUAUGGUCGAUUAGCUCAAAGGCUUUGCCGAGUUGUCUUUCCAUCUAGUACCCCAUCCAGCACGGGAUCUACUACUGUUUCUGUAAGCUCCGACUUAGGUCCCGGUAGUCGAUAUCGAAGUAAUAAAGAGGUCAGUAAGCCUACAGCGAAAGAAGAAACUCCUGCACCAGUUGUAGAAGAAUCAGGUCCACCCCGUAGUUAUGUUGCUCAGUUUGAAAAGAUUUUCUCUGAACAAUACUCAAUUAUUCAUAGAUUGGAAACUGCAAAAUUACGUAAUGUUGCUUUCUUGUUUGCCCAUCUUUUAUACUCUGAUUCUAUAUCAUGGGGUGUAUUUGAAUGUGUACGCUUGAAUGAACGUGAUACAACUUCUUCUGGACGUAUAUUUCUCAAGCAUCUUUUUCUGGAACUUUGCUCAUUUAUGGGCUUGUCGAAGUUACAAGCAAGACUUCGUGAUGAGACACUUCAGCCAUUUUUUGCUGGUCUCCUACCACGUGAUAAUCCUAAAGAUACACGAUUUGCUAUUAAUUUUUUGACCACAAUUGGUUUAGGUGGUUUAACCUUAGACCUUCGUGAACAUUUACAAGCAUCACGUGAUUCAGCUCUAGCAAAAAAAGAAUCUGAAUCCAAGAAUAAACUAUCAUCAUCCGUCUUAGGUGAUAUAUCAAUUUCAUCUUCAUCGUCUUCUUCAAAUUCAUCUUCUAGUGGUGAUAGUAGUAGUAGUGAAUCAGAGUCGAGUUGUUCAAAUGAUGAAAAGCAUCGUAAAAAGAGAAAACAUUCUAAAGAUAAGCAUAAAUUACAAAAGAAGUCACAUAGCAAUCGUCAUCAUGAUGAACAUCACCAGCAACAUAAAUCUUAUAAACAUACUUCAUCAAAACACUCUGAAAUGCCAUCAGAUAGAAUUUCCAAACAUUCUGAUUCAACACAUAAAAAUGAUAAAAGGUCUCGUUUAAAAACUCGUCCUGUAGAUACUCCAUUUUUCAAUGAUACACCCAAUUCGCCUGCCCAUUCACGUCAAAUAAAAAUGAGAGUAAAAUAACUAUGCCUUUUAUUAAUGUUUUUACAGUUCCUAUAUUUGUACAAAAAAAUUGUAUAAUUAUUUAUAAAGAUAUCUUUUUCAAUUGGUUUUAAUCAUUUUGUUGUAUCCAGCAAAAUCAAUCGUCACUUUUUUUAAUAGAAUUUAUCUCCGAGAUAAUUUAAAAACUUGUUUCUUUCUAAAAAUACAAUUAC